CAUGAAGGUAUCAUAUAGAGCAUUUUUUUUAGAUCAAUCUUAUUUUUUUACAAGUCAUUUUACCUUCUCACAUACCUGCAGGUGUAGACGCUAAAAGAACAGUCACUUGUGAAGGAGGAUCUGCACACCUCAGCUGUGGUAAGCAAUGCAUUCAUUAUGUUCAAUGGAAAAUUAUUAUUAAAUUUGGACUUUUUCUUUUGGUCAGAAAACAAUCAAUUAACUCCCCCAAAUUGUGUAUUUGUUUAUUUCUUUGUAAUAUGUCAGACUUGGGAUUCGUAAAAGUCCUUGAAGCUAACUUUGGACGGACGGAUCGUACAACAUGCAUUAGUGGGAGACCAGCAAAUCAGAUCAACAAUGUACACUGCUUUAGAGAAUCAUCCCUCAGUACAAUGUCAGCUCGGUUACCUCUUCCCGUCUGUUCAUGUUUCAGGUGUGAUGGAAUUAAAAGCUGUUCAGUUCCUGCAGUGAACUCAGUUUUCUCUGAUCCUUGUUUUGGAACUCAUAAAUUCCUGGAUAUUACGUAUGACUGCAUCCCAUCAAGUAAGCGGGUUGUUUUACACACAAUUUCCACUGUAAAUCUAACUGAAUCUACAUUUCCUCCCUUUUUAUAUAUCCAAUAACAGUCAAUACAAAUCUCUGUUCUCCCUAAAAUAAUUCUAGAAAGAAGUGUAACCUGUGAAAAUACCCAAAGUGUAAUCGUUUGUGGUAAGAUUCUCUUUUCUUUUUAUUUCUAUGCUCUGAUUAUAACAAUAUUGCUUUCUUUUUGUAAUACAUGGGAGUCUUUUAACUUAUGAACCAUGUCUGCAUAUAAUUUUCAAAUACAUUUUUAAAGAAUUUAUUGUUGCCAAAGUAACUUCUGUCAUCAUUCACCUGAUUAACAGCUCUAUUAUCUGAUAACUCCGUUACAGGAAUUAAGCCACAAAGUAAUUUUAAUUCAUUUCAAUAUUAUUAUAACUCACAAAGAGAAAAAUGCAACUACAUAUUUGUACUAUUCUUGAAAAGAAAAAAAAAACUUCUCCUUAUUUUUAAGUAUUUAUAAGUAUUGUGAACUUAAAUUCUGUCUGUGCAAAGUUGUGACAAGAUUUUGGGAGAAAGUGGUAGAUUUUGUUUUUAAAUGAGAUUUUAAAGUUAAAUAUUAAUUUUUACAUUAAAAGUUGUCAUUUUCUGAAGCAAACGUUACAAAGGAUUUUACACAGGCAAAAAUGAAUCAAUUCACCUCCCAUAUUUACAUUUUUAAUGUAAAAUAAUGGAAAUUCAUGAGAUAAUAUGACAAAUUACUCAAUCCCUCAUUACAGAGUAAGUGUGCAUUUUACAUUUCAUUUUUCUGUGCUAUACAUACAUUUACAUGUUUUAAUUUAGCAGACGUGUCUAUCAUAAAAAGUAUUUUGAUCCCGUAGAAAUAUUUUUUAGCUGAAACGUCGAUUGCUGAUGAAUCACAUUAUGAAAGUUAACAAACAUAUGCAAAAAUACUGGCUCCUGAUGUUACACUGAGGUUUUAAAUGAAAUGACCACAGUCUGUGCAAGAAACUAAACCUCAUUAUCUUUAAUCCAGCCUCGCCACAUGGUACUGGAAUCUGAAACCAAUUAAUUUAUGCCUUUACACACUUAAAAGUAAACCAAUGCUUAUUAAAUGCUCAUCAUCAUUGUCUGUUUUCAUGUUUCAAAAGGUUCUGGUGUUAUUUUGGUUCAUUAUGCCAACUAUGGACGCCGUGAUCUCUCCACCUGCCCUCAUAAAUUGGCAAAGACACCACACUGCUACUCUCCUCAGACCAGCAGCCUGCGCUCCAGGUACAGCAGAAAAACAUUUACCGUAGCUCACUAUUUUUACCAUAGCUCACUAUUUAUGUAAGUCAUACUCUGCCUGACAUUAUCAUGUGUCUUGCAAAGCUAAUUUAUCACAUUAAUCCAGACAUAACAAUAUUGAUUUGAGUUUGUUACAUAAAAAAGGUGCUGCCUUUUAAUAAAACAGCUAUUUAGAUGAAGAGUAUUAAUAUUUGUUGUUGUUUUACCUCAUCAGAUGCAAUGGGAAGAAGUCUUGUUCUCUGAGCGCUUCAAAUUCUCUCUAUUCUGAUCCAUGCCCGCGUGUCAACAAGUAUCUGGAAGUGACAUACAGCUGUGUAUAACUUAACAAUUAUCAUGUCACACAAAAGUAGUCAAUUUGUGUAUCCUUUAAUACGAAUUGUUCUCUAUAGAUGUUUAUAGCAGAUACUCUUGGUUUGAGAAAUUGAUUAAAUGUGUAUCUAGUCAUGCUGUUCUCUGUGUUUUGUGUAGUUCUGUAAUAAAGGACUUUUAUUUUGAAUCGUUUUAUAUUUUCAUUGUUUCAUUUUCACUUUCUGUGUUAAGUUACUGGGUUUAACUGCACUUGUAGGGCAUUUUACAGUAGUACUGGCUAUGUUAUUAUUUUAAAUUUAAUAAUAAACUCUUCAUGUUUAGUAUAUCUGAUAUAAUACAGUGAAACAACCCCACAAACUACAGCCAAAGAGAGGGAUAAAAAGUUUUGUUGUUUAAAUCUAUUAAUGGCAUUAAAAUGGAACUGAAUUGAUAGUAGAAAUAAAAAACUGAAGAAAUGUUAAAACACUCAAACAAAAAACCAUAAACACCAUGUUCAAUGGUUAGGAAGAAACAGCAAAUAGAGAAACAGCCGAACAGACAAAUUCACAAGAUUAAACUUAAGCACUGGUUCAAUGAUACAUGUGUGAAUAAAAUAUGAUGAAUUAAAGUCUCACAUCCUAAGAAAUUCAAAAAUGGUUUCCAUUACUAAACCCAACACAUAAAACACUCCUCCAAGUGUCUAAUGAGUGAAUCAUUUAGCACAACUUGUUUUUGCAAAGAAAUAAAAAUAGAUAAAAAAAAGUCACCUCACUUUAGGACUAAAUGAUUUUAGAAAACAUUCUGUUAUAUUUUUGACCAGCAUUGUGAUGGCAAUUUAAUGUCGUUUCAAUAUAUGUGCCAACAUAUGGGCAAAGUUUCUAAUCCUGAUGUAAAAUAUGAUUAACAAAUCAUAUAAAUUAAUAAUAAUUUGAGCAUGUCAUUUACCAUGCUUUUUUUGGGACAGAUACACAAACAGAACACAGUGUUACUAUCCCUGUAUUUGAAACCCUUUAAGUGUUCAUUGUUGAGUGAUGAGACGGAUACAGAGUUCCAAUAAUGGCCAAUAAUGAGCACUAACGUUGUCUCAGUCACAAUUCACAAACACUCCCGGACAGCAUGAACACAAUUCCAUAGAGCACAGCAAUACACUUUUCUUCCCAAUUAGAACAUAUGACAUUUUUUAAGGACUACAUUGCCCAUAAAGCAUUUCCUUAUGGACUACAACGUCUGAGUACUUUUUCGUUUGUCAUUUUAGGGCAAAAAAAAAGUUCUGAAAAGCUAAAUGACGGUGUACAGUGCAAGAAUAGUCCAACAGCCCUGCACUGUAGGCGUGCUGUUAGCUAAAGUUAAAAGACUUACACAUAAAGUAGGCUAUUAGUAGCUAUAGGUCUGAACAAGUUCACUUGCAUGCAAAUGAAAAACAUGAUUGUGCACACUGUCUUUUUACGGGUUUUUACUCUAAAAAAAAACAUGAAAUAACGGCCUUUAACUUACAAAAAUGUACAGUAAAAUAAUGGAAAUUAA